AUGACGUUGGCUGGUGUCGAUCAGAAACAAGUAGAAUUCGUGAAAAGAAUACCUGAAAAAAUCAAAGGUGCUCAAGCAUUGAUCGAUGGUGAUCUAAAUGAAUUAUUAAAACAAAAUACGUUUGGUAGUGUAUCUAUUGAUACUCUGCGUGCAUUGGCUUCACAAAAUAACUCGGUAGAAAUCGUCAAACAAAUAGCUCUCACAGGAAUGGCCAUCGCAGAUAUCGAUGAAAAUUCGCUGAACUUUGUAAAAAUGCUUCCAGAAAAUAUUAAAAAUAUGGAAAGAUUUCUUAAUGGAGAUUUGGAUCAAUUAUUCAGUAAAAACAUGUCAGGCAGUAUUAAUCAACUAUUAGGAAUGUUCAAUGCGAACUCAUUGUUCAGCGGUAAAGAAAAAGAGAUAUUUCAACUUGUUCAUCGGCAAAUGCCUAUGGUAGAAAACAUGUUUAAUGGUGAUGGUAAAGCUGUUCUUUCGAAUGCUUUGAAUACAUUGAAUAGACAAGUCGGUAGUCUACCAGUAGGAAAGUUACUAGAAGUUGCUCUACCAAGUGCUCUUCAGCGUGUAGCCGAUCGUGAGCAAGAAACUAUUCAUAACCUAUACAAAUCAGUCUUAGAUCAACUCAAUUCUAUUAAUGGCGGCUUAAACGAACAGAAAAUUCAAGUAAUUCAACAGAUUCUACAAUCUUCUAACAGAUGGAAUACAUUCGAAAGGAAAAAACAUCAAUUGGAUGAUAAUAUUUGUAGAAUAUUGUGUCCAGCAGUUGAACGUGAAAAACGAUUCCAAGAAGCUUGUGAAAGUUUGACUACAGGCUACUUAACACUUCAACAUUGUUGUCAAGCUUUGCAGAUGAAGUUCGAAGACACUCAGAGACGAGCAUCUGAUUUAAAAAGUGCAGUUGAGCGAAGUUGUAGGGAUGGUAAUUUUCUAUUGAAACAAGCGAUGGGCGAAUCGGUCGACGAAAUAAGUCAUAUUAAAAAUCAAACUAAAAGUCCUGAAAUUGUGAAGCUACUUAAAGAACAUUUUAACCGAACUGUCAUAGGACCAUUUUCAGAGCAGAUGGGCGAACGAGAAAUGGAUCUGAAUGACGCAGCUCUCGUUAAUCAAUUUACAAAUGCUCUUACUUAUCUUCAAAACCAACAGGGUCGAACUGCAUGA